CCUGGCUCAGGAGGCUGCUCCAGCGCUGCGCGGAGGAGAGGUUUCCCCGGAUCCCGUAAAUACAGGCACACGCACCCAGUGCAGCACACGCACCCAGUGCAGCACACGCACACGCACACGCACACACACUCACAGAGGCACGCACAGAGCCGCUGUCCAGUCUAUCCCCACGCCGGCUGCUUUCCCCACCACCUCCAGCCUCGCAGAGGCGGCCGGCACAGCUCCGCGGCGGAUCGAGGGACUCCGCUCGCAGCAACGCGCCCGCGGUUUCAAUCUUCAGCCUACCGCCAGAUUUUUACCCUCUUUUUCUUAUUUUUGCGUUUGGAGAAGGACCCGGGGGGGGACGACGAGGCUGCCGCUCUCCCUCCCCAGCCGUGCGCGCCUGUGUGGGUGCGCACCCAUCUGCCCCCCGCCUCGCAAAAGUUUGCGUCGGCUGCCGGGGGGCUCCCGGGCCGCCUUCUCCGCAGCCAGGGGGCGCGGCGGCGGCGCGGGACUUGCGCGCUACGCGGGACUUGCGCGCCGCGCCAUGCCGGCGGCGCAGGGGGUUGCGCGGCGCUGCGCCCUGGCGGGGCUGCUGCUGCUGCUGCCGCCGCCGCUGCCAGCCGCGGGCGCAGAGGGCAAGGCGCGGAGCUGCGGCGAUGUGCGGCAGGCGUACAGCGCUAAGGGCUUCAGCCUGGCCAGCGUGCCCUACCAGGAGAUCGCAGGGGAACAUUUGAGAAUCUGCCCUCAGGAAUAUACAUGUUGCACCUCAGAAAUGGAGGACAAGUUAAGCCAACAGAGCAAACUGGAGUUUGAAAACUUAGUGGAUGAGACAAGUCACUUUGUACGCACCACUUUUGUAUCCCGGCACAAGAAGUUUGACGAAUUUUUCCGAGAACUUCUGGAGAAUGCAGAAAGAUCCUUAAAUGACAUGUUUGUCCGGACAUAUGGCAUGCUGUACAUGCAGAACUCGGAGGUGUUCCAGGACCUUUUCACAGAGCUGAAGCGGUAUUACACAGGAGGCAAUGUGAACUUGGAGGAAAUGCUGAAUGAUUUCUGGGCUCGUCUGCUGGAGCGGAUGUUCCAGCUCAUAAACCCCCAGUACCACUUCACUGAGGACUACUUGGAGUGUGUAAGCAAGUACACAGACCAGCUGAAGCCAUUUGGAGAUGUACCCAGGAAGCUGAAGGUUCAAGUGACUAGGGCGUUCAUUGCUGCACGGACCUUUGUUCAGGGGCUGACAGUAGGAAGAGAGGUUGCAAACAGAGUAUCCAAGGUCAGUCCCACCCCAGGGUGCAUCCGGGCGUUAAUGAAGAUGUUGUACUGCCCUUACUGCAGAGGACUUCCCACUGUGAAACCUUGCAACAACUAUUGCCUCAAUGUAAUGAAGGGCUGCCUAGCAAAUCAGGCUGAUUUGGAUACUGAGUGGAAUCUGUUCAUAGAUGCUAUGCUUCUGGUAGCGGAGAGAUUAGAGGGACCAUUCAACAUUGAAUCAGUCAUGGAUCCUAUCGAUGUCAAGAUUUCUGAAGCCAUCAUGAAUAUGCAAGAAAACAGCAUGCAGGUGUCGGCAAAGGUUUUCCAAGGAUGUGGCCAACCUAAACCAGCACCUGCCCUGAGAUCUUCCCGUUCUGUCCCUGAAAACUUCAAUACCCGAUUUAGACCAUAUAACCCAGAGGAGCGACCUACAACUGCUGCUGGCACAAGUUUGGAUAGGCUGGUAACAGACAUUAAAGAAAAGCUAAAGCUCUCUAAAAAGUUCUGGUCAACAUUACCCUACACAGUCUGCAAGGAUGAGCAAGUGACAGCUGGUCCAUCAAUCGAGGAAGACUGCUGGAAUGGCCACACCAAGGCAAGAUACUUGCCUGAGAUUAUGAAUGAUGGCUUGACCAACCAGAUCAACAAUCCAGAAGUAGAUGUGGACAUCACAAGGCCAGACACCUUCAUUCGACAACAAAUCAUGGCCUUACGUGUCAUGACUAACAAACUGAAGAACGCGUAUAAUGGAAAUGAUGUCAACUUCCAGGAUACAAGUGACGAAACAAGCGGCUCGGGCAGUGGAAGUGGCUGUACAGACGACAUAUGCCCCACCGAGUUUGAUUUCAUCACUACUGAAGCACCACCAGUUGACUCCGACAGGAGGGAGGUGGAGGCUUCAGCCACACAGCCUGGCUGCUCACUGCAGACAUUGUUUGUCAUCUUCAUCACUCUUGUACUACAGAGACAGUGGAGAUAAUCCUGGAUCUGGUCAGAGAAACUGUCUUUUAGCUACAGAAACAGCCAACUUUCUUCUUUUCUUAUACUCUUGGACAAUGGACCAUGCCACAAACAUUUGCAGUUUUCUACAAGAAGAGAGCAGUACUGCAACCUGCUUCCCUUUUUUGUUUUCCCAAAGAGUACCAGGUGCCAGACUGAACUGCUUCCUGCUUUUUUUCAGAUAUCUCUGAAGACUCUAUCCACUCUUGAGAGAAUUCUUUCUCAACCCUUUAUUACAGACUUUCUGAGCUUCAUUUCCUUUUAUGCUGCAUAAGUGAAAAAGGAUCUUACAGUGGGUGUUUUUCCCUAACAAGAAAAAAGAGGGGGGAAGAAACCAAGAAAACAGUUUUCUUUCUGAAUCAGGCCUGACUCAAGGCUGCUGCAUUUCAACAGAAUAUCAACAAAACAAAAAAAGAAACAAAAAAAAAAAAGCAACCGUUCUUCACUGACAGCCAGAUUUCCUUUAAGAACUUCCGUAGGAUGAUUCAGGUCAUCAGAAUGCUCAUUGCUCUAAGGAGGAAGUCUGGAUUUUUUUUCCAACACAAAAGUAUGUCUCAGCAGUGAAUGUCUUGCACUCCAUCUGCCAACCACAUCAGAUUGGUAUGAAGGUAGAGAAGCUGAAAAACAAGUUUAUCUUUUAGUAUGAUAGUAACUCUACUAGGUUCAGAAUAUCAUGUUACAGUUGUUUAGGACUUAAAUCUUAAUGCCCAGUAAAAACUUGAAUAGUAGCAUGAUUUCACCUAGCUUCUUUUAGUAUUUAUCCAUGUUAUACAUUUGGCACCAUUUUCCACUUAGCUCACCAUAAGCCAUGGUGGUAAUGCUAAACGAUGCUCCUGACAAACCUUCCCUCAAGAGUUCGGACAGAAAAUAAUCUCUUGUGAUAUAAUCUCUUUCUUUUUGUCACUGUUCUGACAUUGAUUAGGACUUUCUGCUACUACGUUCAUUAUCCUACCAAGACAGAAAUUCUCUAACGGACUAACAGCAACUGGAUCAAUAGUGUGUUUCACACCUAGCUACAUCUUUCAUACCAGUUAAUUUCAAUGUCACAAGGAUUUCUUCUACAAAAUUUCAGAACAAAUAUAUAGUACUGAC